CCACCGUCCGGCGGCGACAUUCAGAGAGGAGAUGGCGGCCAGAGGGGGGUUUCAGUCAGCACCAACUGGAGGUGGUGGCGGAGCAAUGGGACCUGGACCUCCGGUACCGGGUGCAGGACCAGGCAUGGGCCCCGGGACUCCCUCUGGGAGGAUGGUACCCUCGUCGGCGGCGCAGAACCACAUGUACCGCUCCCCGAUGCCCGGGCCCGGCUACCCGAGACCGGGCAUGCCUCCAUCUAGCCGUAUGACCCCGCAAGGACCAGCCAUGGGCCCACCAGGAUACGGCAACAGCCCUGUGUCUCGCCCCGGGAUGCCUGGCGUGAUGGACCCAUCACGCAAAAGGCCCGCCCCGCAACAGAUUCAGCAGGUUCAGCAGCAAAACCGUAACCAGCACACAAAGAAGAAGAAGAUGGCUGAUAAAAUUCUACCUCAGAGGAUCAGGGAACUGGUCCCAGAGUCUCAGGCUUACAUGGAUCUACUGGCUUUUGAGAGGAAGCUGGACCAGACCAUCAUGCGCAAGAGGCUGGACAUUCAGGAGGCCCUCAAGAGGCCUAUUAAGCAAAAGAGAAAGCUCCGGAUCUUCAUAUCCAACACCUUCAACCCCGCAAAGCCUGAUGCUGAGGACGGAGAGGGCACAGUUGCAUCGUGGGAGCUACGUGUCGAGGGGCGUCUGCUGGAAGAUACGGCCGUGUCCAAGUAUGAAGCCACUAAACAGAAAAGGAAGUUCUCCUCUUUCUUCAAGUCCCUGGUGAUUGAGUUGGACAAGGAUCUGUAUGGUCCAGAUAAUCACCUUGUGGAAUGGCAUAGGACCGCCACCACCCAGGAGACUGAUGGUUUCCAGGUUAAGAGGCCAGGUGACGUGGGCGUCCGCUGCACUGUCCUGCUCAUGCUCGACUACCAGCCCCCUCAGUUCAAGCUGGACCCCCGGCUGGCUCGUAUGCUGGGUAUCCACACCCAGACCAGACCUGUCAUCAUUCAGGCUCUGUGGCAGUACGUCAAGACCCACAAGCUCCAAGACCCUCACGAGCGCGAGUUCAUCAACUGUGACAAAUACCUGCAGCAGAUCUUUGAGACCCAGCGAAUGAAGUUCUCUGAGAUCCCGCAGCGUUUGCAUGCACUCCUGAUGCCCCCAGAGCCCAUCAUCAUCAACCAUGUGAUCAGUGUGGAUCCUAAUGACCAAAAGAAGACUGCUUGCUAUGACAUUGACGUGGAGGUGGAUGACACACUGAAGACCCAGAUGAACUCCUUCCUGCUCUCCACAGCCAGUCAGCAGGAAAUAGCAGGCCUGGACAACAAGAUCCAUGAAACCAUUGAGACCAUCAACCAGCUGAAGACCCAGAGAGAGUUCAUGCUGAGUUUUGCUAGAGAUCCUCAGGGCUUUAUCAACGACUGGCUGCAGUCCCAGUGCAGAGACCUCAAGACCAUGACAGAUGUGGUAGCAAACCCAGAAGAAGAGCGAAGAGCCGAGUUCUACUACCAGCCAUGGGCCCAGGAGGCAGUCUGUCGCUACUUCUACUCCAAGGUCCAGCAGAGACGACAGGAGCUGGAGCAGGCGCUCGGCAUCAGGAACACCUAAAGAAAUGUGUCCAAAGGCGGCAGGCAGGAGAGACGACUGAUGUGUGUGCGUGUGUGGGAUGUUCAAAAUGAAUUCCUCCCAGAGUUUUCUGACAAACUUAGAGACAUAGAUGCUAGAUGGCUUUACCGCUAUAUAGGAUGUCAAAUUUUUUUAUCUGCACCCUGCAGCUCGGCUACUAUUGCAGUUUGGUUGCUACUUCCACUUUUUUUUUUUUAUAUGAUUCUUUUUUUUCCCCCUCUCACACCAGAGCUCCUUGAGCACAAUGUAUUUUCACUUGCAUGUGUAAGACUUACCUGGAAGCAUUCCUUUCAUUUUGAUACAUUGUGCCCACACAAAAGUACAGAUUGUACACAAAAUGAAAAGCAGAGGGAGAGCAGACUGUACGUGGCAACUUUUUAAUGUAUUUUGUCCCCAGGAACUAAAAAUAUCUUAAAUCAGCAGGAAUGUGUUGAUUGUGCCAUCGUUCUUUGUUCCCCGUUUUGGAAAGUAAAUUUACAUUUUACACUCCCGGCCCAGCCUCCAGAUGCUCGCCCAUUCGGUUAAAUAUUGAUUGUGAUUGUGUUUGUAAUCAAUCAGGCCACUUUGCUGCAUAUUGGCUCUUCAUGUCACUUUGUCUUAAAACUUCUCAUCGGUUUGUUUUGACAUUUUGUGCCACGAGUCUGUACGAGAGAACGAGACAUUUUAAGGUUUAAAAGCUCAAUCAGGACAGAAUAUACAUUGCUGUGGCAAAACGAUUUUGUUAAGGGUGCCAGUAUGAAGUUUUUCUUUUCCUCUUUUUUUGUUAUAAUCAUUGAUCCUUGUUUUAAAAAUAUGUAUUAUAUCAGUACUUGUCUUGUUAACUAGUACAGAUUAUCAAGGAAGUAGCUAGUAUGAGUACCUCUAGUCUAUAUAGUUUUGUAAAUACUGAGCAGAAAAAAACU